AUGCCUAUAAAAAAAGGCACGCAUUAACUGUGCCUUACACGGUGCCAGCGCUUCUUAUGUUGGCCGUUAGCUGCAGCUUGCAAAUCGUCAAGUUCAACGUGGAGAUUGUGUGCCUUGACGAGGGAGCAGGUAAACAUGAUCAGGAGCCUUAGCGCUGGACUGCUGGCCUUCUCGGUCACCGAGGUGUUUCUUGGACUCGCCGUCUUCUCGCUCAUCUUCCUGGUGGUCCGCAGGCACCAGACCCGAAUCCCCGCGGGGCUGAAGAGGCCUCCGGCUCCACCCAGCCUGCCCCUGAUCGGCCGGAGCCUGCAGCUGAGACCGGAUCCCCACCUGAGCCUGACCGCCCUGAGCCAACAGUACGGGGAUAUAUUCCAGAUACAGGUGGGGAGCCGGCCAGUGCUGGUACUGAGCGGGCUGGAGACUCUCAGACAGGCGCUCAUCAGGCAGGGCGAUGAUUUCGCCGGGAGGCCGGAUCUCCACAGCUUUAAAUUCAUCAACGACGGGAAGAGCCUGACCUUCAGCUCCGACUACUCCGAAGUGUGGAGGCUCCGUCGGAAGCUGGCACAGAACGCGCUGCGCACCUUCGCCACGGACGAGUGUAAGAACACCACGCACUCGUGCCUGCUGGAGGAACAUGUGAGCAGCGAGGCGCAGCGCCUGGUCACGAUCUUCAUCGAACUCACCCAGAGCUGCGGAACCUUCGACCCGGUCCGCUACCUCGUGGUGUCGGUGGCCAAUGUCAUCUGCGCCCUGUGCUUCGGUAAGCGAUACAACCACGACGACGCGGAGUUCCUCAACAUCCUCGAAGUGACCGACGAGUUUGGUAAGACCGUGGCGUCCGGGAACCCGGCCGAUUUCGUCCCUAUCCUGCGCUUCCUGCCAGCAUACUCCAUGAGGAAAUUCAUCGAUGUCAAUGUCAGAUUCACGAACUUCGUCAAGAAGAUUGUCACCGAGCACUACCACGCCUUUGACAAGGAUAAUAUACGCGAUAUAACCGAUUCCCUGAUCGAUCACUGUCAGGAAAAGAAAACGGACGAGAAUGCCAACAUUCAGAUAUCUGAUGAAAAGAUUGUCGGCAUCGUGAAUGAUCUGUUCGGAGCUGGUUUUGACACCAUAACAACAGCACUCUCCUGGACUAUUAUGUACCUGAUUAAAUAUCCUGACAUUCAACAGAAAGUGCAUGAGGAAGUAGAUGAGAACAUUGGCAGAGAUCGAAGCCCAAAGAUAUCAGACAAGUUACUAUUGCCGUAUACAGAAGCUUUCAUAUUGGAGACCUUCCGCCACUCGUCCUUCCUUCCAUUCACCAUUCCUCACUGCACAACCAAAGACACAGCGUUGAAUGGAUAUUUUAUUCCUAAAAAUACAUGUGUUUUUGUAAACCAGUGGCAAGUGAAUCAUGACCCGACGGUCUGGAAAGACCCAUUUGCGUUCUGCCCAGAGCGUUUCUUAAAUCCUAAUGGAAAAAGCAUCAACAAAGCAGAAAGUGAAAAGUUGCUGCUGUUUGGCUUGGGAAAAAGGAGAUGUAUUGGAGAGUCCAUUGGUCGCAUAGAAGUCUUCUUGUUUCUCACUGCUCUUGUCCAACAGCUGCGAUUUGAGAAAAAGCCAGGUCAGGACAUUGAUAUGACCCCGCAGUAUGGACUGACCAUGAAGCACAAGAGAUGUGAAGUGCAAGUGGUGCACCGUUUCCCUGCUACUGCAUGAGCUGACAGUGUCUUAAUUCUGCAGAAGCUUAAAAAAAAAGUGAACUCUAUAUUUUUGUACAUUACCAAUGGUAUGAGGCAAUAGUUAUGCCUUAAACUGUACAUUUUAUUAUAAUUAAUGUGUUAUGCUGUCGUGCCACUGAUGCCUUGUAUUUAAAAUACCAAUGAAGAAUUAUCUUACUGUAUAAGCAGAGCCAAAGAGUGAAGAAAAUGAAGUUUGAUAAGUUGUAUUCAAAUGUAACUCAUUUAACAAUGUAUUUUAAAGUAUAACGUAUUUCACGAUUUUAGACCGCUAUUAGACUGCUUUCUUUAUAUUGUAUAAAGGGACAUUAAUAAUUUUUAUACUGAUGAAAUGUCAGAUCAAACAUAAUUUGU